CUCGCCCCUCCCCGCCCGGAGCCCGGAUGAAGAGUAACGCCAUUAUCGCUGGAGCCGCCGAGAGCUCUCGCGGACGGCGAGUGGACACUGGACGUGCCCGCCAUGAGACUCCUCCCACGGCUGCUUCUGCUUCUCUUGCUGGUGUUCCCUGCCACUGUCUUGCUCCGAGGCGGCCCUGGAGGCUUAGUAGCAGCAGCUCAGGAUCUUACAGAAGAUGAAGAAACAGUGGAAGAUUCAAUAAUUGAAGAUGAAGAUGAUGAAGCAGAAGUGGAAGAAGAUGAACCCACAGAUUUGGCAGAAGAUAAAGAGGAAGAAGAUGUAUCUGGUGAGCCUGAAGCUUCACCAAGUGCAGAUACAACUAUCCUAUUUGUGAAAGGAGAAGAUUUUCCAGCAAAUAACAUUGUGAAAUUCCUGGUAGGCUUUACAAACAAGGGUACAGAAGAUUUUAUUGUUGAAUCCCUAGAUGCCUCAUUCCGUUAUCCUCAGGACUACCAGUUUUAUAUCCAGAAUUUCACAGCUCUCCCUCUGAACACUGUAGUGCCACCCCAGAGACAGGCAACUUUUGAGUACUCCUUCAUUCCUGCAGAGCCCAUGGGCGGACGACCCUUUGGUUUAGUCAUCAAUCUGAACUACAAAGAUUUGAAUGGCAAUGUAUUUCAAGAUGCUGUCUUCAAUCAAACAGUUACAAUUAUUGAAAGAGAGGAUGGGUUAGAUGGAGAAACUAUCUUUAUGUAUAUGUUCCUUGCGGGUCUUGGGCUCUUGGUUGUUGUUGGCCUUCAUCAACUCCUGGAAUCUAGAAAGCGCAAGAGACCCAUACAGAAAGUAGAGAUGGGUACAUCAAGUCAGAAUGAUGUUGACAUGAGUUGGAUUCCUCAGGAAACUUUGAAUCAGAUCAAUAAAGCUUCACCAAGAAGGUUGCCCAGGAAACGGGCACAGAAGAGAUCAGUGGGAUCUGAUGAGUAAAUGUUCCUUUGUGCAACAAUUCAGUCUUUACUUAACCUGCCCUAAUGUUUUUCGGCCUGAUGGGAAUUAGUGCAGAGAAGCCAUAUCACCAUAGAAGGCAACUACUACUUAUGUGUGGACUAAGCAAUCAGAGUCUGUGGCGAUAAUAUUGUUGAAAGUGCACUGCAUUCAUUUUUCUAAAGUAACAAAUUUUUUUUAAACCAUUAAAAUCUAUGUGUGUGCAUGUGUAUGUAUGUGAGCAGUUGGUGUUACCAGAAUCAUUGUUGAACUACCUGAAGCAUGCCUUUAGAAUACUGAAUAUAAUGCUCUUGUCUCUCUUGUUAAUAUUUUCUGGUAUUUUCUCCCAAAAGCCAGUAUUUGUCCAGUAUGAUUGUAUAUGUCCCACUUUGGACUGUCUAAAGAAAACAAUUUGUUUCUUCCUUAGAAUCCCAGUUGAUGGCACAAAUUAGCAUUGGUUGUUAUUGUUGCUGUCUUACAACUAGUAGUAUUCUAAAGGCACAAGCAGGAGCAGCUGCUUUUUAGCAAUAGAGUUGUUUUGGUAUUUUGCUGCUGUUUACUAUAAUAUGCACCUUCAAAACACUUCCCAAAUGAGUUCAAGAGAUUUGAGGAUCUCUAGAAACAAAAUUGUGAAACAUGAAAAUUCUGCUUAUUUUGAUAUGUAUCAAAUCAACCACAUUUUUUUAACAAAAAGAAAAUGGUAUGUUUGUAGAAACUGAGUUGUUUUGUCCAUUAUUGUUUUAUUUCUUGCCCAAGGGAUAGCCUUGGAAUGAUUUUAGACCUACUGAGGGUUUUUUGUUUAUUUUUUUAAUUUGUUUUUUAGAGAUCUUUUGUCUCCUUAGUAGAAGCAUUUUGCCUAAGAAAUGUUGCCUUGGCUAUAGAUUAAGCAAAAGGUCAAUAUAGGGGCAGAGAUAUAUUUCAACUAAUUCUAAUCUGUUAAAAAAAUUAGUUGGGUAUUUUUUAAAUGGUUAACCAGUUGUUUUUUAUCUAAUCCUUUGGGGAUUUUGGUUGUUGAUACAACCUUUUUUUUAGUUAAUCUGAAGAAUUCAAAAAUUUUAAGUAUUCAGUAUCUAAAAACCAAAAUAAAUUGGAUUUCAUAAAAUCCUCUUAGAGAGUUAGUCUUGUCCUAGGUAAUAAAUUAAGUUUGGCAUUAUUGUCAGACUGAAUAAAGGGUAGAGUACAAUAGUAUGUGCAAAUAAGAGGCUUUUCCCUCUGUCUUUAAGCCAUAUUCUUCCACAUAUAUUUUGUAAGAAAAUGGUAAAUGAAAUCUUAGUGGCUGUUAAAUUCUUGGUUGUCUCUGUUAUGGUGAACCGACUACUCUCAUUAUAAUCCCCACCUGCACCCAUGCCCACACAAAAACAGCAAAAUACACACAAAAAAACUUUCCAAAUUGUUUUAAGUAUUUAAAACAUCUGAGCCAAAGUCGGUGACAAUAAAAUAGAAGUCAUUGUAUAGUUAGUUACUAAUCGCAUUGCAAGUAGGGGUGAAGGUGUCAAAUUAUGUAUGUUGGCAUUGCUGAACUAUAAACUUUCUAUACCUGUAAUAUUAAGUGUUGGAGUUUUUAAUUGGGCUGUAUGAUCGGUAGUUUAUUUUGAAAAAGCUCUGUGAGCUCUAAGAAACUGCAUGGUUUUUUGUUUAAUGUAAUAAGGAGACCCCUCUACCUUUCCAAGGAAUAUAUUCCCAGAUAUUUUUGUGAAAUUCCAAGAUUGUGAAACUAUUAGAACAUAAUGCAGUGAGAUGUAAUUGAAAAAUUUCAGUGACCUCUAGAGAAUUUUAUUGAAUACCUGGUGAUACUGAGGCAAUGGCAAAGCCACAUUGAGUUACAGAUGCCAACCCUCUGACUCCCAAGUAGUUUGCCCUACAUACUAGCCCUUCCACUUCUGAGGUUCAAGUUAGUGCCUCAGAAAUUAUUUGUCAUUUUUAUUUUUUAUUUUUAUUUAUUUAUUUUUUAGCAUAGAUUGGGAACACUUGAAAACUCAGAUGCCAGGGGUCUUCUCUAAUGUCAGUAAGUGUUUAGCAGAAACUAACUCCAUAGUAAAUGGAAUUCAAUUCCACACAUGGUUUGUUCAAGCACACUUAAUAAGUAGCCUAAUUUUUAAAUGUAAAUAUUUGAAUGAAGUUUUUGUUUGUUUGGAUAUAUUCAUUUGUUACAUGGACCAUGGUUUCAGAAUUAACCUUUGAACAACUUGGUUUCAGAAUCUGUAAAAUGAACUAAGAAUCUUGUGUAUCAAUUCAGACUUGAGAGUAUGUGUUUAUAAAGCCUGGAUCUUGCUUUGGUUGUA